AUGGUGCAAUUAUUAUUCUGGCUUCUACCUCUUCUAUAUAAAAUUACCCCGGGAUAUGCCUGGGUCGCAAGUAACUUUCUCAUGACGGGACCCAAGGCCUAUCUCACCUAUGCAAGAAGCGUGCAGGUGGGCGCACAGAGCGGGAUUGAGGAGUGCAAACAUCAGUUUGCUUGGGAUAGAUGGAACUGCCCAGACAGCGCAGUGCAGCUCAGAGGACUAAGACGAGCCACCAGAGAGACGUCUUUCGUCCACGCCAUCAGUGCAGCAGGGGUCAUGUACACUCUGACCAGGAACUGCAGUCUGGGAGACCUCGACGACUGUGGGUGUGAUGUCUCAAAGAACGGGAAAAUUGGGGGACGGGGCUGGUUAUGGGGUGGCUGCAGUGAUAACGUGGAUUUCGGGGAGAGGAUUUCCAAACAGUACGUGGAUGCACAGGAGACCGGUCAGGACUCUAGAGCUGCUGUCAACUUGCACAACAACGAAGCUGGACGUCAAGCUGUAAAAGCAACAAUGAAGCGCAUCUGCAGAUGUCAUGGCAUGUCUGAGAGCUGCAGCGUCCAAACCUGUUGGACACAACUAUCCGAUUUCAGAGACAUUGGCAACUAUUUGAAGAUCAAGCAUGGCCAAGCCCAAAAAAUGGACAUCGACAAAAAGCGAAUGCGGGCUGGCAACAGCGCGGACAACCGAGGUGCCAUCGUGGACGCGUUCGGCAGCAUCUCCCGGACAGAGCUGGUCUACCUGGAGGACUCUCCGGACUACUGCAGGAGGAACAGCAGCACGGGGCUGUACGGCACUGAGGGCCGGGAGUGUUUACAGCAUGGAGAGGGUUUGACCCAAUGGGAGAGGAGGAGCUGCCGCAGGUUGUGUCAUGAGUGCGGCCUGAGGGUGGAGGAAAAGCGCACUGAAGUAGUGAGCAGCUGCAACUGCAAAUUCCACUGGUGCUGCAAGGUGAACUGUGAAGACUGCUCCCAGGUUAUAGUCAAAUAUGUGUGCGCCAGGAGGGAUGGCGGUGAGGGACACGGCUUUAGAAGGAGAUAUCGUGGACCAAAAUAA